AUGGGCCGCUGUUGGCAUCAGGACACCGAUUUAUCGACCCCUCCCCUUCCUCUGGUCGAAGCUCCUCCUCCACCCCACAGCGGCUGCCUGGACCAUGGCAGCCGCCUACAAGGCCGGAGGGGGUCCCCGCUUCACAGUGCGCCCGUUCCGGGCCGGCGACUCGCCGGAGGCCUGCAGGAUAUUCUCGGAGGGUCAGCUGGACCAGCCUUCCGCCGGGCCCUGCUGUCGCCCUCCGCGCCAUGUCUCCUCCUGGCUGCCGGGGUCGCCGUCUACGGAGCCGGCUGGCAGCUGGCCUGGGUCGCUCUGACCGUCGCCGCGCUGCUAGCCCUGCUCUACCUGGCCUGCCGCCAGAUAUACGCCGAGUACGUUAAGCAGCAGUUGGAGGCGGACAUGGCGGACAUUGAGAGGGCGUACGUGGGGAAGCCGGGGGCGGGGUUCUGGGCGGUGGAGGAAGAGGGGGGAGGCGGUGGGCUGCGGGGGGUGGUGGCGGCGCAGGAAGCCGAGGCACAGCCGGGCUGCUGCCAGCUCCUCCGCCUCUCGAUCGAUCGGCGAUGCCGGGGCCGGGGCCUGGGCCUGGGCCGCAGACUGACCCGCCGGGUGCUGGAGUUCGCCCGGGACAGUGGCUACCGAGAGUGUGUCCUGAACACCUCCACGGCCCAGCAGCCCGCCAUCCGGCUCUAUCUAGCCCAGGGCUUUCGGGUGACCAAGGACGCCGAGCCCAUACCCGGACAGGCCCUGCUCUCCUGGGUCACCAACAUCUAUGUGUGCGAGCUGAGCCUUGGGCUUUUGUGCGCCGGUAAUUCCUACGAAGGGGCCCCAGUGGCAGGGAGAGGGGGCGUCAAUAAACGAAACGUCCCGACUGUAAACAGUCUCUGA